UGGCAGCAUUAUAAAUAUGUAAAUUAUAUAUUGUGGUAACAUCAUAAAUCUGUAAAUUAUGUAUCUUAUUAUAAAUAAAGGAGUGUGGCAGCACGAUCUGCGGCCAUGUUGAAGAUAAAGAAGAACGAGUGCAGAUCAUUUAAAAAGAGCGUCCAACAUAAUAAAAUUGUUUAAAAUAUCAGAAGUGGUUGUAUUGCGCCCAAAAUGUCAUCAAACGAGGAUUCGCUUAGUUUAUACACAGUUGAACAAUUAAAAUCAUGGUUGCGUUCGCUCAAACAUAAAACAACAGGUAGUAAAGCCGAACUAAUUGUUCGCCUACAAAAAAUUCCUGAGGAGCUUCGUGGAAAUUUUCGAAACUCCAUGGUUGACGUUGACGCUGACGUUGACUGUACGCAAGCCAUCAUUGCGGAAAAAGAACAAGCUGAUGAAAUCAACGAAGGAGCGAGCAGUAUAAACAUCACCGAGGAGUGUGGUGAAUUUAGCAAUGGGAUUGUACCACAAUAUGACGCAAGUAAUCAAACGAGUGUUGAAAAGAAACAAAAAGAGUGUGAUGCAAACGAGUGGCGACUUUUAAAAAUCGAAUUAGAAUUGUUGAAGCGUGAGUGUGAACUAAAGAAGAUGGAAAAUGAACUUCUAAUGAGAGAAAAAGAACAGUUGAGAAAUAGUGAUAAUCAAACAAAAAACAUUUCCAAUAAGCAAAAGUUCGCAGAUGUUAAAGAACUUAUAUCUGAAUUUUCUGGUAGUGGUGAAUGCCUUAAGCUAUGGCAAGCACAACUAAAAAAUAUCCAGAGUGUUUACCAACUUGAUGAUAACAACCUAAGAGCAUUAAUUGCAAAUAAAUUAAAAGGCAAUGCGCUAAAGUGGUUACAUUCUCGAGAUGACUUGAUUUUAAUGCCAAUCGACAAGUUCUUAAAGGAAAUGAGCUCGCUGUUUGAAGAAAAAACAAGCAAUUUGAUGCUAAAGAAAAAGUUUGAAAUCAGGCAGUGGUUGACUACCGAAUCGUUUCGAGAAUAUUUCCAAGAAAAACUAAUUCUGGCAAAUAGAAUUCUAAUUGGUGAAGAUGAACUUGUAGAAUAUCUAAUUGAUGGUAUUCCGGAUAACACUUUACGUUCGCAAGCUAAAAUGCAACGAUUUCAUGACAAAUAUGAAUUGUUAGAAGCGUUUAGAAAUAUUCAAUUGCCACGAUAUAUAUCAAAGAAAAUGACAGCAGACAAUCAACAUGAGCAGUCGAAUAAUGGACAACAAACAACAAGAGUCGUGAGAUGCUACAAUUGCAACUCCGUUGGCCAUUUAGCAAGUGUAUGCCGAAAACCCAAACGAGAGCUUGGUGCUUGUCAUGUAUGCGCUGAAGUUGGCCAUUUAGCAGCAAAUUGUCCACAAAGGAAGAGCCGCCCUGUACAACAUGUCACAGAAUUGAUGGAAGGCGAUGAAUAUGAUCAUUAAUUGAUACGGGAAGCCCCAUUAGCUUUGUUCGCCAACAGUUCGUACCAGAUGUAGUAAUAAACAGAAAGAACAAUGUAUUUUUAAAAUAUAGUGGUAUAAACAAAAGUCCAUUAUCUAUUGUCGGAAAUGUAAACAGUUUUAUUUUUUUCAAAAAUAAAAGAAUUGAAUUAACGAUGUUAGUUGUAACAAAUGAAACAAUGACUCAUCCAAUUAUUUUAGGAAGAGACUUUUUAAGUAAAUCUAAUUUAAAAUUAGAAUGUAAAGAAAUAGAUUCGAAUUUCAAAGUCGAAAAUAACACAUAUGAUGAAGAGUGUCAAAGAUUAAUGAAAAUUGAAUUUGAUAACACUAAAUUUUCUGUGAAUUACAAUGAAGUAUUGAAAACUGAAGCAAAAACUCCUAAUGUUUAUAU